AUGACCACCGCGAGACGACCAGAAAAGCCCUCGGCGGUGCCCCAAAAUUUAAUUCCCUCCUCGUCACCGGCGUUCGGCACACCGGUCCACCCCAUAAACCCCCGCCGGACAGCUCCUAUACGCGCCCCGCCUUCGCUCAAGCCUCCCGUUCGAGCAACUGUUCUUCCUAUUGAGCUACCGCCAGCGACACUGCGACCUCUCGCAUUCCGAACAUUCACGAAGAAACAUAACCUGACACUCACAUCCUCCGCGCUUUCGGCAUUGGCGAGUUUCAUUGGGAAACAUUGCGGUGCAGGAUGGAGAGAAGAAGGCUUAGCAGAGAAAGUGCUGGAGGAAGUAGCAAAGAGUUGGAAAAAGGAUAACGGACAAGUUAUCGUGGAAGGUGAUGGGGAGGCGCUGAAGAGAAUAUUGAAGGCUCUUGAGGGAUCCAUGAGUGGAGGCAGGGUAGUAAAUGCCUCGAAUCUCGGCAGGCAAGGCAGUUUCAACUUCGGCCCAGAUGCGAACAAUAACGGUGCACCGAGCUUGGAGAGUAGACCUUCUUUGGAUCACAACACCAGCUUUGGGAUCUCGAGCUUGGAGGUUGAAGACAAAGACGAGGAAGAAGAGUUACUGAAGGAUCCACGAGAGUGGAUGAAGGUAAUUGGAGCGUUCGAGCAGCCGAAGUUGGUGUACAAUGUGUCUAAGGAGCAUUUUGACAGGUCAACCACCAAGCCGUCGCUAUUCCCAGAUCCAUCUCACAAGACCGACCUCUUCAGACAACGCUAUCACGUCGUCCACCAGCGCAUACUCAGAAACGAAACUUUCCAAGCGCCCACAUUCUCCGCAGCUCGAUCGGCUACGCUCAGUAGGACAGGCUCGAUCGCCAUCUCUGGCGCAAAUACAAUCACCCCCAUCGCAAAUCUCCUGGGCCGAAGCGGAAGCACACAUCUACUCCUCGGCAUGAUCACUAUCUCACCAACAGGUACCCUCGCCCUCUCCGAUCUCACAGGCACAAUAUCAUUAGACCUCCAACACGCACGUCCUAUACCCGAAGACGGUACAUUCUUCGCACCCGGAAUGAUUGUCCUGGUAGACGGCAGCUACGAGGAGAAUGCCGGCGACCCAACUGCCGGUUCAAGUUCUACCCUCGGCGGCACAGGCGGUAUUGGCGGCACCAUAGGCGGAAAGUUCAUCGGCUUCUCUGUCGGCCACCCGCCAUGUGAGCGAAGAACAGCAACGCUCGGGGGUGCGGAUGAGGUCGAAAAGAAUGGGUUAGGGGGCCCUGCCUUCGGCUGGACAGACUUCCUAGGUGUAGGCUCAGAGCGUGCAACCGGGCCGCGAAUGAACCGUAUUGCCUCGAAACUGCUCACCGCAGAGAAAGCACACAACAUCCUCAUCGCUUCAGACCUGCACCUCGACGUUCCCUCCACAUUGACAGCGUUACGUACUCUCCUCCGAACAUACUCCCACACCGCCGAGGAAGCUACGCCCGUCUAUCCUCUCGCCAUCGUCCUUAUGGGCAACUUCUCCUCCAAAGCCACCCUCGCCAGUGUUCCCGGCGCCGGCUCAAUAGAAUACAAAGAGCACUUCGACGCUCUCGCUUCUGUGCUCUCUGAAUUCCCGCAGCUCCUCGCACACACCAGCCUCGUCCUCGUCCCCGGCGAUAACGACGCAUGGCCUAGCGCUUUCUCCGCGGGUGCCGCCACGCCUCUCCCCAGAAAGCAGAUCCCUGAGCUGUUUACCAGCCGUAUACGCAGGGCGAUUCGAGAAGCUAACAGCGAAGUGUGGGGCGCAGGCAAGAAAUCCGGUAAAGAAGGCGAAGUGGUUUGGACGAGCAAUCCCUCGCGUCUAACGUGGUUCGGGGUGAAGGGUGAAAUGACGAUUCUACGAGACGACGUCCUAGGGCGCUUACACCGCACGAGCAUCCGCUUCAACAAACCGGAAGCUGACGUCGAUGUCGAUGUGGAACCAGAACCUAUGGACGUCGAUCAGCCGACUCAGCUUGAACCAACGCCUAACCCGCAAGCACAAUCCCAAGAUCAGAUCGACAGCGACACGCUUACGGCGCGAGCGCUCACACGAACGCUACUCUCGCAAUCGCAUCUCUCACCAUUUCCUCUAAGCGUGCGCCCGCUGCACUGGGACUUUGCGCACACACUUAACCUAUAUCCGCUACCGAGUAGUGUCGUCAUCGCGGACAGCGAGGCCCCAGCCUUCGUGGUCAAGUACUGUGGGUGUACGGUCAUGAAUCCUGGACCGAUUGAUGGGAGUGAGGGCAGGCGGGGACGAGAGGGACGGGCGAGAUGGGUUGAGUUUGAUAUUCGGAGUAACAUUGGGGUGGUGAGGACAGAGGGCUGA